AGUGGUUCUGCACAAACACAUACAACAACCAUUAAUUUUAAAACUCAGUGUAAUGCUGAAAUGAAAAGGCAGGUAAUUAAUGAGUUGAUCGGUGGUCAUGGAACGAGAACAAUGUACCAGACGAUUUACUUCAGUCUAUUAACUGAUGAAGUCAUUUGUCAGUCAAAAGUAUUAAAAAAAUAAAUCUUUCAAGCUUCUCAGAUGUGAGGAUGUGUCCCUUCUCUCUGUAUCUCUGCGAAGUAGAAUAUUGAUCAUUUUAAAGAUGCCACCCUGAUAUUCUCACAUUCCCUCAGCUAUCAAUCAAUAGAUCAAAAAGAUAGAAAAGAGAGUAAUCAAUCAAGUAACUGUUACCCAAAAUGUAAUUAUUGCUAUUCUGAUUUAGUAGAAUAAUUAUAACUGACAGGUCGUAUGUUGUUGUCACUGUUGAACUGCAGCACAUCGACACACAACAGUUGUGUUCAACAGCAGCCGCACUGUUAUAUCCAACUUAGGACUUGUUGGUAGAGAGUUACUGCUCAGGUGGGCGUUCUCUCUGCUGUGGGUCUCAUUAGCAGCAGCAGUUAUUAAUUCAAGUGUGCAGAAGAAAAAAGUGUCGUCUUAAUGAAAGUAUAACAAUGACAACCUGGAGAAAGUGGCAGAUGGUGAGAUGAACUGUUCCUGCUGUCAAAAUGAAUUUAAAAACAUUUAUCAAUACACGUGUGACAUACUGUACCACAUGCUGUAUUAACUAACUUUGAAUCGAUUGUGCACAUCUUGGCAGGAGACGGCAGUAUGCAGAUGCUCUUUGAAAACCAGGGAAUUGGGUAAUCUUCUAUUUCCAGCAGGCCGUCAGGGACCGCUGUUCAUUAUUGACUGUGGACCUGUUGCAUAAUGCAUCUUCUCCAUAACACCACAGUGCUCGAGCUGGUGGGAAGAGAGUCGGAAUUUUCUGUACAAGAGCGAGAAGGAUGAGCUAUGCAGAUUUGACUGUAGAGAAAUCAAAUAUUUAUGCCUCUUUCUUUCGUAUUCAUGGUUUGUGGAGAGCAGUACUCAGAAUCGUAGUCCUGAUAACAGCCUUUUCUACAACCGCCAUCACUAUGCACCCUCUAAACUCAGCUGAUUUAAUAGUGCACCUACUCCAGGGGUCACUGUUAUUUGCUCUUUUUAUAUAUGUCCCUACAUAUGGAGUGACUCUGCUUCGCCGUGGUUUUUUAUUUUUGUUGAAUUCAGUUCAGUUUUUUUUUUUUUUGUUUGCUGUGAAUGAGGAAAAUAUAUGAACCACUAAUUUUCUCAACAGAUGCAAGACACAUGACAUCAAAGAAAGAAAGAAAGAAAGAAAGAACGAAAGAAAACAGAAUUCACUCUGGACAUGUAACCACUCAUUUGAAAAGGAGACAACGCAACAAAUCUGGGGUUGUUUUCAUAAAGCCCAUCAUGAAGAGUUGCACCUGGAAAUGAAAUUCUGAGUAAAUCGUUUGAAUUAUCUUUUAAGAUUGUUCCCUUAAAGUUAAGACGAGAUUCUGGUGGAGAUAAAAGCAUCAAAGCCCUUAAAAAAGCUCCCAAGGAGGAUUUUUAAGAGCCUUAAAGAAUAAGUUCACCCCAAAAAAUUAAAAUUUCAUAGUCCAUGAAACAUUUCUGGAGCUUCACAGCAGAACAGCAGUGCAGCGCUCUAACUGAAGUAGAUGGGGACUUGUUUUAAAAGGUAGAAAAACAGAAAUGGCUCCAGACAGCUCAGCCUGCGAAAUCCAAGUCUCCAGAGGCCCUGAGAUCCCAACUUGGUUUUUAAAAAAGUUAUUUUCACCUUUUUAAAGGCCAAAACACUUCAAACUUCACUUGAGCUGCUAAGCUAAAGGCAUCAGCACAGACUGCACGAGCUCUGCCACGUGUUGAGGGUGUAAAUGAACGGAUAAAGGAAUUAUUUCUCACUUUUUCAAUUUUAAGAUUCUGUCAACAUUAUCAUUGAUUCGUCAGGCAGUAAUCGUGGAUCCUGAUGAAGCUUUAAUAGAACGCGUCACAACCAGCAUCUCGCCUCGCCCACGAAGGUUCAACUUUCUGUCCCGUCCAUGCUCCGAGUGGCUCAAAGAUGUUUCCAGUGUUAGAAGCUUCUAGGCCGUCUGAGAGUACUCUGUGAACACAGCCCGCGAUGAACAACACAGCAUGAAGAAGAACAAGAACAGGAAUGGAAAUAUAAUGUUAAAAUAUCCUUACUGCACUAACAGACUUACUAACCAGUGGAAAUCAUCAUUGUGCAAAUGACCUCUUGACCUCAUUAGCACACUACAUGAUGUCAGGCAUGUUCUCACGGUCAGAGUGAAGUCUGGACCUGAACGUCGCGCCUGCAUUGACACUGACAGACCGGUUUGCAAAGACAGUUGCUCUGUAUACCAAGUGGUCUAUAGAAUAUGAUGUCUAUGCUUCAAGCACCGAGGCCUGAUCUGAUUCAGCUUCAUGAAAGCAGCUUUCUGUCAUGUUGUUGAAGCUGUUUAUAAUAACGGUGAUCUCUUCUCUUCUUCUUCUCGUUCCUGCAGGAUGGGAUCCCGGAGAGCUUGAGGAUAAAAGGUUUUAUGGGACACAAUGUCUCUCCAGGUCCAUGUGAACACAAGUAUUGUGGUUUGGGGCGUCACUGUGUGGUCAACCAUGAGACUGGACAAGGAGAGUGCAAGUGCUUGGAUCACUGUAAACCACAUUAUAAACCCGUGUGUGGUUCAGAUGGGAAGCUGUACCAGAACCAUUGUGAGCUCCACCGGGCCUCCUGCCUCAGAGGACACAAGAUUACCAUCAUGCACAGUGAGGAGUGUUUCUACAAAGAUGAUAACUGCAGACUGAGUGACUACCGUCGGCUGAAAACCAAGAUUCUGGAUUUGCACGACAAGCGAUACGUGGGGUCUAACAUCCGUGGAGCCCACAAGGACAACAUGGCUGCCAGGAAGCAACUGGUGGAUAUGAUGUUCAAGCGCUUUGAUGCAGAUAACAACGGUCGCAUAGAUGCCGGCGAACUCUCACAGGUUAUCAAGCAAGAAGGCCUGUCCAAGGACGUCUCCGAGUGCACGCUGUUCGACCUGCUCAAGUACAACGACAUCAAUGACGACGAGCACCUGACAAAAGAGGAGUUUUACACAGCUUUUGAUGUGUACCUGCUCACCCUUCCCGAGGACCAGAGAGUGAGCGUCACCGCUGUGACCGUCGGCCAGAGCGCCGUGUUGACUUGUGCCAUCGCUGGGGAGCAAAGACCUCCGAUACUGUGGAAGAGAAACAAUCAGUAUCUGAACUCCUUGAACCUGGAGGACGUCAAUAUCCCGUCCCAGGACUUUGGAGACGACGGCUCGCUGUACAUCACCAAGGUGACCACGACUCACAUGGGCAAUUAUACCUGUCAUGCUGAUGGCUACGAGAAACUUUUUCAGACGCACACUCUGCAAGUGAACGUUCCUCCUGUUAUCCGAGUGUACCCAGAGAGCCAAGCCAGGGAGCCGGGCGUCACUGCCAGCCUGCGCUGCCACGCUGAGGGCAUCCCCAGCCCCCAGCUGGCCUGGCUGAAGAACGGCAUGGACAUCACCACCAAGCUGUCCAAGCAGCUCACCCUGCAAGCUAAUGGAAGCGAGGUUCACAUCAGCAACGUGCACUUUGAAGACACCGGCGCCUACACCUGCAUCGCCAAAAAUGAGGCUGGCGUGGACGAGGACAUCUCUUCGCUCUUUGUGGAGGACUCUGCACGGAAAACUUUGGCAAACAUUUUGUGGCGAGAAGAAGGUCUCGGCAUCGGCAACAUGUUCUAUGUUUUCUACGAGGACGGUAUUAAAGUCAUUCAGCCUGUGGCAUGUGAGAUCCAGCGACACAUUAAACCCAGUGAGAAGCUGCUGGCUCUGCAGGAGGAGGUGUGCCCCACCUCAGCAGGAGAGGACGUUCAGAGGUGUGUGUGGUCGUCGGCGGUCAACAUCAAGGACAAGUUUAUUUAUGCGACACAGCCGACCUUGGAUCGAGUGCUCAUAGUUGACAUCCAGUCUCAGAAGGCUGUCCAGACGGUCAGCACCGACCCGUAUCCUGUGAAGCUUCACUAUGACAAAUCCCACGACCAGGUGUGGCUGCUCAGCUGGGGAGACAUGGAGAAGAACUUCCCGACUCUCCAAGUGAUCAAUCAGGCCAGUGGAAGAGUCUCCCACCACACCGUCCACACACAGCCGGUCGGCAGGCGCUUCGACCGCGUGGACGACUUCUUCAUUCCCGCCUCCAGCCUCAUCAUUAACCACAUCAGAUUUGGACUCAUUCUUCAUCGAAAUGAGCCUGUUCUCCACAAGAUCGAUCUAGAGACAACGUCGUAUGUGAAAAACAUCAGCCUACGGGAGUACAACUGCAUCCCCAAGUCUGUCGCCUACACCCACCUGGGCGGCUACUACUUUGUCAACUGCAAGCCCGACUCCACCGGAGCCACACAGCCUCAACUCAUCCUGGACAGCGUGACAGACGGUGUGAUCGGCCAAAACCGCGACGUCACCGGCACUCCCUUCGUGUCUCCAGACGGCCACUACUUGGUCACUGUGGACGACGGCGACGGCCUGAUGAGGAUCCAGAUGAUCUCAGAGCGGGGAGAGAUCCAGGAGCCCUUCGACAUCCACACCAACCUCCACCUGUCUGAUCUGGCCUUCCAGCGCUCCUUCACGGAGGUCCACCAGUACAACGUGUUCGGCAGCUCCGGCCGGCAAACUGACGCUCUGUUUGUGGAGCUGAGCAGCGGCAAGGUCAAGAUGAUCAAGAGCUUAAAAGAAGCCACCAAGUCGUUCGAGUGGCCGUGGAGCAGUAGGAACAGGGUAAUGGCGGGCAGCGGACUGUUCGGACAGUACCUCAUGACCCCGUCCAGAGAGUCCCUCUUCAUCUUGGACGGACGGCUCAACAAGCUCAACUGUGAGAUCACUGAUGUCCUCAAAGGCAACGUGGUGGUGUGGGUUGGGGAGUCUUAGGUCAUAACAUCGAGACACAACGAGCUUUGUUUUCCUCACAAAGGUACUGUUGCACUGAAUUCUGUUGCAGAGUCUUUAAUUUUGUGGGAGCGCAAUAGUGAAAACCACAGAAACCAAAUUCAACAUUUUUUAAAUCUACUGGAUUGGAGGGGGGGGGGCUGUAAUCCAAAACAGAUAAAAAACACAAGUGAGUGAGUAAUUGAUUUAUACAUCGUCUUAAAGCCAAGUUAAUAUAAUGAGUUUUAGUCAACAUAAAGUUGCUUGCUGGUAAUCUUUUUCCAGGAGAAUUGGUAUGAAUCUGUUAACGUGCAACUUUGCGUUAUUAUUCUUAAUUUUUCAGUGUGUGGGAAUGCUGUAGAUAAUCUCUGAACAAAAUUAAUAUUAAGUGAAUUGGCAGAAUUCAAUAUAUAUACUGUCUAUGUCCGGAUUAACUCUUGUAAUUUAAUUUUACCUAUCCCCGACUUUUUUCCUGUGCCUUCAAGGAAAAUUCCCCUCCAUCAGAGGAAUUAGCGUAAUUAUUCCCAGUGUGACUGCCCCUCUUUCUUUGACCCGUCCAUUCGUGGUGAGCGUGGUUUAUCAUAAAUCUACCGCUCUCGUCUGUCUGUUCCAACGCAGCCGACUCAGUCUAAUUAAAACGAGCCCUCGCUGUGAUCCCAACCUGUUUGAAGUGCAGACUGAGUGCUUCAUUAUGGUUGUGCGAUCUAUAACCUUUGAUCCAAAAUUAUAACCAGCGUUGGAAGGUUUUUGAAAUAUACAUAUAUAUUUUUCUUUUUCCUUUUUAGUCCAAAGCAGAAAAAUGAAAGUCUGUGGCGAUGUUAGUUGAAUUACCAGUACCAGCUUUAUACACUACACGUUGUGAAAUCUAGCGAUGAGUCAAUAGAGCACUCGUGCGUGAAGAAAUCCUCUCAUAAUUUCAAUAUCCCAGGACCAAAAUAGAAGAAAAGAAUUGUAGAAUAUAAUAGAAAGAGAGAAAAAAAAACACAUGCAUUGUCUGCUCUGUCUGACAGCAUGUUCCAAGUGGAUGUUUUAAUGUGAAGUAACGAUGAGCUAGCACGCGGGGGGGCGGGUAGAUGUAUUGUCUAGAGGGUCUUUGAGGAUAAGAAUAUAAGACACUUUCUGAAUGCUCCUGCAGUAGAAACAUAGCUGGCAAGUCAAUGAAACCUAGCUGGACACAUUUCUAUGCAUUUUCACCCUGGCACUCUUUGACUCUGUGAAUCACAAUGGGCAACUGUAUCUCAAAUUUAGUACGGAUUUUUGAUGUGUACAGAUUAUAUAAAUCAUUCUGUCUUUCCUGUUAACUCGUGUAUAUUUUACUUUCUCCCCUGUCACACGUUGUUUCAGACCUUUAAACCUGACUGUACUGCUGAUGACGACCUCUGACCUUUCUCUCUAUUUAUGUUCUGUACAUAGCGGCCGACUGUGAGUCCAUUAGUUUCCCAUCGAUGUACAGAUUCACACAGGUUCUGGUGAUUUUCCGAGCCGGUAAUCGACGUCCUUUUUAACAAAUGAAAACCAUGCAGCUGUCAUUAUCUAUAUCCUGUACUCAUUGUGAUCACACACACACACACACACACAACACACACCGCUUUCACCUCCAUAUAGCCAUGUCUUGUAUGUUCCUUCAUGUGAUUGUUAUUUAUAUAGAGAAAACACGCUUGUCAUUUUACCCAACAAUAAAAACUAGACCAUG